AUGGAGUUUCUCUCUUUACUUUUUGGUUUCACAGUAAUGCACUUGUGUUUCCUGAUCUGGAAAUUCUUUGAUCAGAGAAGGGACCAAGAGUGUUACAUAUUAAGCUACCAAUGUUACAAGCCAAGUGAUGAAAGAAAGCUUGGAAGUGAUCUUUGUGGCAAGAUCAUAGCAAACAAUGAGUAUAUUGGUCUGAAUGAGUGCAAGUUCUUCCUGAAAGCCAUUGUCAACUCAGGUAUUGGCGAGGAAACUUACGCUCCAAGAAACUUCAUAGAAGGCCGAGCGGUGAGCCCGACAUUGCACGAUGAAAUCACCGAGAUGGAAGAGUUCUGUGACGACAGCAUUGCAAAGCUUCUAACAAAAUCAGGGCUUUCGCCUUCGGAGAUCGACGUGCUCGUGGUAAAUGUAUCUUUGUUCUCUUCUGUUCCUUCUUUAACUUCAAGAAUCAUUAACCAUUACAAAAUGAGAGAGGACAUAAAAGCUUAUAACCUCGCCGGUAUGGGGUGUAGUGCGAGUCUUAUCUCGUUAGACAUUAUUCAAAACAUUUUCAAGUCACAGAAGAACAAGUAUGCUCUUUUGUUGACAUCAGAGUCUCUUAGCACAAACUGGUAUUCAGGCAACAACCGGUCAAUGAUCCUAGCUAACUGUCUUUUUCGCACCGGCGGAUGCGCUAUUCUUCUCACAAACAAAAGAUCCUUAAAGCACAAAGCUAUACUGAAACUAAAGUGCUUAGUCCGAACUCAUCAUGGCGCCAGAGACGACGCGCAUAACUGUUGUAGCCAAAAGGAAGACGAACAAGGCCGCCUUGGUUUCUACCUAGCUAAAGAUCUACCCAAAGCCGCGACACGAGCUUUCGUCGAUAAUCUAAGAGUCUUAUCACCUAAAAUCCUACCAGCUAGGGAACUAGUCAGGUUUCUUUUCAAGUCUCUCGUUAAAAAGGUGACAAAGUUUCGUUAUCCUAAGUCAGCCGCAGGUGCUGGUGCAACAACGAACAAAUCACCCUUGAAUUUCAAAACCGGUGUUGAUCAUUUCUGUCUCCACACAGGAGGAAAAGCGGUGAUAGACGGAAUCGGAAUGAGCCUAGAUCUGAGUGAAUAUGACCUUGAGCCAGCAAGAAUGUCCUUGCACAGAUUUGGAAACACAUCAGCUAGUAGCUUAUGGUAUGUGCUAGGGUAUAUGGAAGCAAAGAAGAGGCUGAAAAAAGGUGAGAGAGUGUUGAUGAUAAGUUUAGGUGCUGGCUUUAAAUGCAAUAGCUGUUUGUGGGAGGUAAUGAGAGAUGUUGGAGAUAGAAAUGUGUGGGACGAUUGCAUUGAUAACUAUCCACCACAUUCAUUGGCCAACCCAUUCAUGGAGAAGUACGGUUGGAUUAAUAGUAUUCAAGAUGCAGACACUUUCAGACUAAAACUAGCUCAGUUUUUUUCAAACUAA